AUGAAGCUUCUCUUACCAAUUACCAGCCUCCUAGGUUCAACAGCCGCCGUGGUGAACAUACUGCUGCCCCUCUAUGUGUACCCAAUCAAUAAUCUAGAGAAGCCUUACGAUGGCACCGUGGACUGGCAAGCAGCUAUUGCCGCCAUUGACGCCCAUCCGGACCUGACUUUCAACGUCAUCAUCAACCCCAACAGCGGUCCGCCAUUCGCUUCCGAAGACGGUAUCAAGAUCGACUGGGCCCAGUGGAUCGGUCAAAUCAACAACCGUCCCAACGCCGUGACCCUGGGUUACGUCUCGACUCUCGGCACGGUGCAAGCCCAGCCACGCGACAUCGCCGUCGUGAAGCAGGGGAUCGAAACCUACGCCGCCUGGGAUACGACCCUCGGUUGGGACGGCAACUCCUGGGACAUACACGUGGACGGCAUCUUCUUUGACGAAGUCAACACCGCACCGGCGCAGCUCCAGUACUACACCGACGUCACAAACUACGCCAAGUCCACGACGGGCGUGGUGGUCCUCAAUCCGGGCGUCGCCGUUAACCCCGCCAGCGCCUCGCUCUACAACGUGGCUGAUGCGAUACUGUCCCUGGAGACGUGUUACACGGCCGAUCCCGAUGCACCGCAGGAUCGGUGCCCGAGGAACACGUACACGCCGUUCACGCCCGCCUCGCUGAGCGCGCUGCCGACGGACGCGGCGCAGAGGGCCAAGUCUGCUGUCCUGGUGCACGACUUUUACGACGACUGGGAGCCGUAUCAGCCUGCUCCUGUGGCAACUCUCCAGAGUGACAUCAACGCCAUUGUUGCGCGGGGUGUGCAUAGCUUGUAUAUUACGCAAUGGGGUUAUAACGAGAGCUUCACGCGGGAACCGGCCAGUGUUGGGACUGUCUCGAAUCUGCUGGCGCUAGCUCAAGGUCUUGCAUCUGGUGUGCCUCUUUAA